GAGAGUAGUGAUCACCAACAUGUCAAUGGCAGGUUUCCACGUGGUGCCCUGGGUCGCCCUGGGUUCAGAGAGGACCCUGACCUUAACCUAGGCAAAGAAGGCCCCUCACCCCACCCCAGAGAAAGGGGAGAAAGUUGUUUGCGUCGUUCACUUUACAGGCCUGGCAGAACAGUAAAUCCAGGGGAGCUUGAUGAAGCAGAGCGCCGGCUGCCUACCACUGAGGAGGGGAAGAGGGGCGUGGAAAACGUGCAAACUCUUUGGGAGGGUCUCAGCGUGGUCUCUCCGGGGCCUCCGGCACCAGCCUCCCCUCCCCAGCUCGCUCCGCAGCCAGGACCCCCAGCUGUCCUCCCCGGGGGGGCCCCCCGUGACAGCUGAAGGGUGUGCAGCGGAGGGGACGGGGGUCCAGGCGGCGCGGGUUACACACUCGACGCGGGCGCUGCCCGCCCCUCCCCCACCGGGCUCGGCACUAUUUUGGGUGGUGUAGACCCCGCCCCCACCUCCAAGUGCGCUGGGGCUCUGCGGCAGCUGGAGGGGUGCUGCUGCGCCUGCUGGGGCCGCACCUCGAGCCGGGGCCGCCGGCGGGUCUGCAGCCAUGUCGGGCCGCUCGGUGCCACAUGCCCACCCGGCCACCGCCGAGUACGAGUUUGCCAACCCGAGCCGCCUGGGCGAGCAGCGCUUCGGGGAAGGCCUCCUGCCAGAAGAGAUCCUGACCCCCACCCUCUACCAUGGCUACUAUGUCCGGCCCCGGGCUGUCCAAGCUGGGGAGGGCAGCAGGGCAGGGGCCUCUGAGCUUCGGCUCAGUGAGGGCAAGUUCCAGGCAUUUCUGGAUGUGAGCCACUUUACCCCCGAUGAGGUAACCGUGAGGACUGUGGACAACCUACUGGAGGUGUCUGCCCGGCACCCCCAGCGCCUGGACCGCCAUGGCUUCGUGUCCAGAGAGUUCUGCCGAACCUACGUCCUGCCUGCUGAUGUUGACCCCUGGCGGGUCCGCGCUGCUCUCUCCCAUGAUGGCAUCCUCAACCUGGAGGCGCCUCGGGGUGGCCGACAUUUGGACACAGAGGUCAAUGAGGUCUACAUCUCCUUGCUCCCUGCACCUCCUGAUCCAGAGGAAGAGGAGGAAGCCAGUGUUGAGCCCUGAGUGCCACAGAGCCAGCACCCUUUCUAGCUCCCGCGGUGAUAGGACUAGCUGCUCACCACCCCAGAGGUAGCAGCAUCCUUGGGGGAAGGGAAAAGUGCAUGGUCACAAUGUAUGGUUUGGUCCCUUGGGACGUGUCAUAGUGUUUUCAUUUAGUUUUGGGUGGAGUUGAAUAAACCCAAAUCUCAGGGCCUUAUUUGUGCUGCUCCCUAUUCUGUGGCCUGGAGGAUGGGAUGGGCAGGGAGGGAGACAAAAAGGACAGCUAGACAAAAAGGUCCUCAGUUAGAUGCACCCAAUGUCAUAGCACCCUGAGCUCACACUUGGAUGCUGAGAUCACACCUGGAAGCUGACACUGGCUCCAGAUCAAAUUCCUGGCCAUGAUUUUCUCACAAUGCAACAAAAGAGAGAGUGAUCCUGGGAGGGAAAAGGGAUAUGCCAUCCAAACAGCCCAGAGGGCACUGUCUGAGCUGGUGAUUAGAGACACAAAAACAAGGGUCUCCAGACUGUCUGACCUGUUUUGGGUAGGGGUUGGGAAAUCAGCUUUUGGCUGCAGAGUUGCCUAAAGCCCUGGUUUCCCAUACUAAGGUCUGUCCACUGUAAAUGGUCUCUGAUUCUGAGGGAUCGAGUAUGCAGACACAGGGGCACAGACACAGAAGCCUCUGCCAUUGUCACUAAAUCACAAAGCCUCCCAACCCUCUGCCUAUGAGAGAAAGCAUUUGUUUCUAACCUUGAAACAUCCCAAAGAGAGGAAUUGCUGCAUCACUCCACCCAAUCCAAGUCUAAAUGCAGGGGAGCUAGAGUUAUUGGUAUGGUGGUGAUGGCCAGGGAAACUUCCUUUGGAAGUAGAGUCUUAAUACUAGGGGUAUGAUGUAUUCAGGAGAGCCUUGGGGGGGGGGGGUUGACCUCUUAAUUGCUCUCUGUAAUCAAGAGAACAUGCAUGUGUAUGCUUUGAGGAGUGUCCAGAAGACCUCCCUGCCCCCAAAUAUAUCUUUUACUAGGUUGUGAUGGAUAUCUGAAAUUCUUCCAUUAAAGUGGUUGAUUC